UCUUUUUGAAAUAGUCAGUCGAUCUGAAGGCCGGGAGGGGGAGCCAGCUCUCCAAUCCCAAUAUAUGCGUUCAAAAUUAAGCAACCCAUUUACAGAGGCUUGGCUUGGAAGUGAGCGGAACCCAUGGCAGCGAUAAGUCGAGUGCAACUCCUACACCACCCUUCAUCAGUCUUCUCCAGAUUACCUCAUUCGCCCUCCUCCUCCUUCGCCUUCAGUCUCCGCCGCCGCAAAUUCUCCAGCUCUCCUCCUCUGCUCUGCUCACUAUCAUCAUCGUCAUCAUCAUCAUCCACGAAUGCGUCCAUAGUUGGAGAUCUUUUGGAUUAUCUCAACGAAUCCUGGACUCAGUUUCACGCUACUGCUGAAGCGAAACGACAGCUGAUUGCUGCUGGUUUUCACUUACUAAAUGAGAAUGAUGAGUGGGACCUUAAGCCUGGUGGACGCUACUUCUUCACUAGGAAUAUGUCUUGUUUGGUUGCUUUCGCCAUAGGAGAAAAGUACAUUGUUGGUAAUGGCUUUCAUGUUAUUGCUGCGCAUACAGACAGCCCUUGUCUCAAACUUAAACCAAAGUCAGCUUCAUCCAAGUCCAAUUAUCUCAUGCUCAAUGUACAGACUUAUGGAGGUGGUUUGUGGCACACUUGGUUUGAUAGAGACCUAAGUGUUGCAGGAAGAGUCAUAGUUAGAGCUAGUGAUGGUUCAUUUCUCCACAAGCUUGUCAAAGUAAAGAGACCUCUUCUACGAGUACCCACAUUGGCAAUUCAUCUUAACCGCACAGUGAACACAGAUGGAUUUAAACCAAAUCUAGAGACUCACCUUGUUCCACUACUUGCAACAAAACCAGAAGAAGAAGCUGCAGAACCAAAAGAGAAAAGUAGUUUGUCUUCCAAGGCUGUUCAUCAUCCACUACUUAUGCAGAUUUUGUCAGAUGAGCUGUGUUGUGAUGUUGAUGACAUAGUCAAUAUUGAGUUGAAUAUUUGUGAUACCCAACCUAGCUGCCUUGGAGGCGCCAACAACGAAUUUAUAUUCUCUGGAAGGUUAGAUAACCUUGCUUCGAGUUAUUGUGCUUUGAGAGCUCUGGUUGAUUCAUGUGGAUCACCUGGUGAUUUAUCAAGUGAACAUGCUAUUCGGAUGGUUGCUUUAUUUGAUAAUGAGGAGGUAGGUUCGGAUUCAUUUCAAGGAGCUGGGGCACCAACGAUGUUUCAGGCAAUGAGACGCAUUGUUGGUUCCUUAGCGAAUAGUUAUGGUGGUGGGAGUGCCUUUGACCGUGCAAUUCGCCAAUCUUUUCUUGUAUCUGCUGAUAUGGCCCAUGGAGUUCAUCCAAAUUUCAUGGAUAAGCAUGAAGAACACCAUCGGCCAGAAAUGCGUAAAGGUCUUGUGAUCAAGCAUAAUGCAAACCAGCGUUAUGCUACCAGUGGAGUAACAGCUUUUCUCUUCAAAGAAGUAGGAAAAAUUCAUAACCUUCCUACUCAGGAUUUUGUGGUAAGAAAUGAUAUGGGAUGCGGAUCCACCAUUGGUCCAAUACUUGCUUCAGGAGUGGGCAUACGUACUGUUGAUUGUGGCAUUGCUCAGCUUUCUAUGCACAGUGUGAGAGAAGUAUGUGGGAAGGACGACAUAGACAUUGCUUACAAGCACUUCAAGGCAUUUUACCAAAUUUUCUCCAGCAUAGACAGGAAGCUGAUUGUGGACUAAUUGUGUAUUCUUAGUGUUAACGAAUAUUAGAGAGAGAAUAGAAAGUUAAAAUUAUCGUGUCAUUCAUAUUUUGGUGCUCAGAACUUCAUUAUUCAAAUAAACCAAUAUUUUCUUCCUCCAA